AUGUCUGCUAUCCAGAUCUCGGCCCUCAAGCCCGCUGAAGGCUCAAAAGUGAGGUUUGGUGCGGUCGUCUCCAACGUCGAUAUCGAGAACCUCACGAACGCCGACUUUGACAUCAUCCGGGAAGCCCUGUUCAAGAACCAGGUGCUUGUCUUUCCCAACCAAGGCCAUGUUUCGCCCAAGAAGCAGUUCGAGCUCACCCAGCGCUUCGAUCCGGCUGGCGAAUCGUAUGGACACGGCAAGACGCUUGAUGCCAAAAGAUCCGUCCUGCACCCGGACCUCAAGACCAUCCCGCACCAGCCGCAGGUCCAGGUCAUUGGCAACGGCCUCGUGCCCGAGUACGAGGGCCUGACCAACAUCCAGCUGCGCCACCCGCACCACCGGACCUUCCAUGCCUCCGUCAUCCCCGACGAGGAGGAUCUGGACUGCACCCGCUUCUAUCGCUGGCAUAUUGACGCAGCUCUCUACGGCAUGGCCCCACCCGUUGCCACGACGCUACUCGCCGUCAAAGUCCCCAGCGGUCGUCGCCAGACCUGCCGCUACGACGAUGGCACGGGCGACGUGCUCGACGUGCCCCUGGGUACCACAGCCUUUGCCUCGGGCGAGACCAUGUUUGAGCUGCUGAGCCCCGAGGACCAAGAGUUUGCCCGCACCACCCGUGUCGAGUACGCCGCCCAUCCCUACAUCUGGAUGAGCGGCGCCAAGUCGCGCUCCAACGGCCUGGGAAUGGUGUCCGAGGGCAAGGAGCUGACGGAGGCGGAGCUGCCACCCAUUGAGCAGGACAAGAUCCAGAUCCUGCCCAUGUGCUGGCGCAACCCGGUGACGGGCAAGCUCGCCCUGCAGGUGCACCCCAGCGCCGUACGCCGCCUGCACCUGGCCAACGGCACCGUCAUUGACGACCUCGCCGAGGUCCGCGAGACGAUCCACCGACUGCAGCGCCCAGGCAUUGCACCGGAACUCAUCUACCCGCACGACUGGCAGGAGGGUGACUUUGUGCUGUUUCACAACCGUGGCCUGAUCCACUCAGUUGUGGGCGCGUUUGCACCGGAGGAGGUGCGCCUCUUCCGCCAGUGCAACAUUGCCGCCAGUCACCUGCCCGAGGGUCCGGCAACUAUUGUUGCAGCUGCCUAG